AUGUGGUGCGACCUCACGCUGACCGUCGCCCUCGCGCCGCCUCACACGCCUCACGCGCCUCACGCACCUCACGCACCUCACACUCCGCAGACACCGAUACACAACAAGUUCUAUAGUACAAUAACAAACCUAGCGGAGGCAGUGAAGCAGCUAGGCGAGUGCGCGCGCCGCGCCCGCUGCGCCAUGUGGUGCGACCUCACGCUGACCGUCGCCCUCGCGCCGCCUCACACGCCUCACGCGCCUCACGCACCUCACGCACCUCACACUCCGCAGACACCGAUACACAACAAGAGUGAGAAUCAAAGUCAAAGCACAUCUCAGACGCAGUCGCCGAAGCAACUUGCGACGGAAAAUAUUCAGACUAACUUCAACAAGGCAACUAAUGGUGAAACCAAAGAGGAGAAACCCUCGUCGAACCAAUCUGAACCUUCGACUUCUAAUCAACCAAAGAGCGAAGCUAAACCAGAAGUCAAACAAACUAACAAACAAGCAGACAAGGAAAAGAAUCAGCCGCGUCGCAAUCAAAACUACAGACACAAAAUUAAUUGA